CCGGGACCCGCACCGGAACCGGGACCGCAACCGGCACCGGGACAUGGCGCUGCCGCUCGGAGCGGCCGUGCAGGAUCCCGGGCUGGCGAUGGCUCACGGUGCACCGGGGACAGAUGAUUUGGAAAUCCUGGAGGAGGUGAUGAAGGAGGACGGCUUCCAGCCGGAUCCCGCUCCCGAAAUUCCCAAAUCCCUUCCCAAGCUGAUCCCGCGCGGCUCCGACCCCGGCGCUGCCCGGGAGCCGCCGCUGGCCCGGGGCCUCCGCGGGCUCUCCCUGUCCCCGGUACCGGGACCCCGGUGGUGCCCGGGCACGGGAGGGGCUCGGGAAAAGCUGGAAAAGCUGGAAAAGCCGGGAAAGCCGCGCCUGGUGAUCACGGAGCAGCCGAAGCAGCGCGGGAUGCGGUUCCGGUACGAGUGCGAGGGGAGAUCGGCCGGGAGCAUCCUGGGGGAAAACAGCACCGAGGGCAGCAGGACCCUGCCCAGCAUCGAGCUGCAGAACUGCCAGGGGAUCCCGGAGGUGACGGUCACGGCGUGCCUGGUGUGGAAGGAUUGGCCCCACCGGGUGCACCCGCACGGGCUGGUGGGCAAGGACUGCGCCCAGGGGCUGUGCCGGGUGCUGCUGCGGCCCCAGAGCAACCCCCGGCACAGUUUCAGCAACCUGGGCAUUCAGUGUGUGAAGAAGAAGGAAAUCGAGGGCGCCAUCGAGAAGAAGCUGCAGCUGGGGAUCGACCCCUUCAAAGCGGGAUCCCUGCGGAAUCACCAGGAGGUUGAUCUCAACGUGGUCAGGAUUUGUUUCCAGGCCUCGUUCCGGGACCGCGCCGGGAUCCCCCGGAGCCUCAGCCCGGUGCUGUCCCAGCCCAUCUUCGACAAGAAAUCCACGAACACGUCGGAGCUGCGCAUUUGCCGCAUGAACAAAGAGAGCGGCCCCUGCACGGGGGGCGAGGAGCUCUACCUGCUCUGCGACAAGGUCCAGAAAGAGGACAUCGCGGUGAUUUUCCGGCGCGAGUCGUGGGAGGCGCGGGCGGAUUUCUCGCAGGCCGACGUUCACCGCCAGGUCGCCAUCGUGCUGCGCACGCCGCCCUACGCGCACCUGGAGCUGCGCGAGCCCGUGCAGGUGGAGGUGUUCCUGCAGCGGCUGACGGACAGCGUGCGCAGCGAGGGCUUCCGCUUCACCUACCUGCCCAAGGACACCGACGCCUACGGGGUGCAGGUGAAGCGCAAGCGGGGAAUGCCCGACGUGCUGGAGGAGCUCUCGGGGUCAGACCCGUUCGGGAUCGAGGCCAAGCGCAGGAAGAAGCCCCCGGGGUACCUCGAGCAUUUCCUGCCCCUGGGACCCUCAGCCGCCGCCCUCCCCCCGGAGCCGGAGCCGCUGGAUCCCCUCCCCCCGCUGCUGCCGCCCUUCCCCCCCUCGGCUUUUCCCGCCUUUUUCCCGGAAUUCGCGGAAUUUCCGGAGUUUUUCCCGCCGGUUCCGGAGCUGCUGGCGGAGCCCCCCAGCGGGGACCCCCCCCCGAUUUCCAGCCUGGUGGGGUCGCACAUGUUCCCGGGGGGGGAGGGCUGAGGGGUCACCAAAAAAAUAAAAUACCAGAAAAUUCCACCCAAAAUCCCAAAAAAUUC